GGUAGCGGGGGUGCGGGGAGGCCGGCCCGGGACCCCCAGCCCAAAAGGCCGCGGGGAGGAGGAGCGGCCGCGGCGCGCGGGCGGCCAAGUUGGGCUCCGGCGCGCGGCGCUUCGCAUCCUGCGUCGGGGCAGGACCGGCCCGUCCGAGCGGAGCCGCGCGCCCGGCCGAGCCGGGGGACCUGCCCGCGCCCUCCCGGGACCCCCGCGCCCGCCCCGCGCCAGCCCCGCGCCCCGCGGGGACCAUGCAGCAGGGGGACAUCCGCCUGGAGGGGCUGCGCCCCCAGGAGGACCCCGCGGACCCCGCGGCCGCUGUGGAUGCGGAGCGCGCGCGGGCGGCCGCUCCCCGCGCACCGACGGCCGCGAUGCGGGUCCACGACAGCUACUCGACGCUCCCGGCCGAGGACCGCAGCGUGCACAUCAUCAACAUCUGCGCCCUGGAGGACGGCGGCCGCCGCGCGUCCGAGGGCACGCUGCUCAACUCCCUGUCCGUGGACCCCGACGCCGAGUGCAAGUACGGCCUGUACUUCCGGGACGGGCGGCGGAAGGUGGACUACAUCCUGGUCUACCAGCACAAGCGGUCAGCCGCCAGCAGGACGCUGGGCCGGCGGCAGCCCGGGGAGCCGGCUGCCCGCAGCGUCAAGCAGGACCAGCCCCUGCCCGGCUCCGGGACGCCGCUGGGCACGGCUGAGCCCGCCAUGGACUACCACGAGGACGACAAGCGCUCGAGGCGGGAGGAGUACGAGGGGAACCUGCUGGAGGCCGGCCUGGAGCUGGAGCACGACGAGGAGACCAAGCUGCCGGGGGUCGGGUUCGUGAAGAUCCACGCGCCCUGGGCCGUGCUGUGCAGGGAGGCCGAGUUCCUGAAGCUCAAGAUGCCCACCAAGAAGGUCUACCGCCUGCACGAGGCCCGCGGGAUCCUGCGGAAGAUCAACUCGGUCCUGCGCAAGCUCAGCGCCCCCAUCCAGCCGCGCGUGGCCGAGCACCGGCCCCAGACCAUGAAGCGCCUCUCCUACCCCUUCUCCCGUGAGAAGCAGCACCUAUUCGACCUGUCUGACAAAGACUCCUUUUUCGACAGCAAGACCCGGAGCACGAUUGUCUAUGAGAUCCUGAAGAGGACCACGUGCACCAAGGCCAAGUACAGCAUGGGGCAAGGCGAGGGGAGGAAGAAGGACUCUGCCCUUCUAAGUAAGAGACGCAAGUGCGGGAAGUAUGGUAUCACCAGCCUGCUGGCCAACGGCGUGUACUCGGCCGCCUACCCGCUGCACGACGGGGACUACGAAGGCGAGAACGUGGACCUCAACGACAGGAAGCUCCUGUAUGAGGAGUGGGCGAGCUAUGGGGUCUUCUACAAGUACCAGCCCAUCGACCUGGUCAGGAAGUACUUUGGGGAGAAGAUCGGGCUGUACUUCGCCUGGCUGGGGGUCUACACGCAGAUGCUCAUCCCCGCCUCGGUGGUGGGCAUCAUCGUCUUCCUGUACGGCUGCGCCACGGUGGACGAGAACAUCCCCAGCAUGGAGAUGUGUGACCAGAGACACAACAUCACCAUGUGCCCGCUCUGCGACAAGACGUGCAGCUACUGGAAGAUGAGCUCGGCCUGCGCCACGGCCCGCGCCAGCCACCUCUUCGACAACCCCGCCACCGUCUUCUUCUCCGUCUUCAUGGCCCUGUGGGCCGCCACCUUCAUGGAGCACUGGAAGCGGAAACAGAUGCGGCUCAACUACCACUGGGACCUCACAGGCUUCGAGGAGGAGGAGGACCACCCGCGGGCCGAGUAUGAAGCCAGAGUGUUGGAGAAGUCACUCCGGAAAGAGUCCAAGAACAAAGAGAAGCGCCGGCAUGUGCCCGAGGAGGCCACAAACCAGUGGCAGCGGAGGGUUAGGACGGCCCUGGCAGGGGUGAAGCUGACGGACAAGGUGAAGCUGACGUGGAGAGACCGCUUCCCCGCCUACGUCACCAACCUGGUCUCCAUCAUCUUCAUGAUCGCCGUGACCUUCGCCAUCGUCCUGGGCGUCAUCAUCUACAGGAUCUCCACGGCGGCCGCCCUGGCCAUGAACUCCUCGCCCUCCGUCCGCUCCAACAUCCGGGUGACGGUCACGGCCACGGCUGUCAUCAUCAACCUGGUGGUCAUCAUCCUCCUGGACGAGGUGUACGGCUGCAUCGCCCGCUGGCUCACCAAGAUCGAGGUGCCCAAGACGGAGAAGAGCUUUGAGGAGCGGCUCAUCUUCAAGGCCUUCCUGCUCAAGUUCGUCAACUCCUACACGCCCAUCUUCUACGUGGCCUUCUUCAAAGGCCGGUUUGUGGGGCGCCCGGGCGACUAUGUCUACAUUUUCCACUCCUUCCGGAUGGAGGAGUGCGCGCCCGGGGGCUGCCUGAUGGAGCUCUGCAUCCAGCUCAGCAUCAUCAUGCUCGGGAAGCAGCUCAUCCAGAACAACCUCUUCGAGAUCGGCGUCCCGAAAAUGAAGAAGUUCAUCCGCUACCUGAGGCUGAAGCACCGCAGCCCCGCAGACCACGAGUACGUGAAGCGCAAACAGCGCUACGAGGUGGACUUCACGCUCGAGCCCUUCGCCGGCCUCACCCCCGAGUACAUGGAGAUGAUCAUCCAGUUCGGCUUCGUCACCCUGUUCGUCGCGUCCUUCCCGCUGGCCCCGCUCUUUGCGCUCUUGAACAACAUCAUCGAAAUCCGGCUGGACGCCAAGAAGUUCAUCACGGAGCUGCGGAGGCCGGUGGCCGUCAGAGCCAAGGACAUCGGAAUCUGGUACAACAUCCUCCGCGGCAUCGGGAAGCUGGCCGUCAUCAUCAACGCCUUCGUGAUCUCCUUCACGUCCGACUUCAUCCCCCGCCUGGUGUACCUGUACAUGUACAGCAAGAACGGGACCAUGCGCGGCUUCGUCAACCACACCCUCUCCUCCUUCAACGUCAGCGACUUCCAGGCCGGCACGGCCCCCAACGACCCCCUGGACCUGGGCUACGAGGUGCAGAUCUGCAGGUACAAGGACUACCGGGAGCCCCCGUGGUCGGAGCACAAGUACGACAUCUCCAAGGACUUCUGGGCCGUGCUGGCCGCGCGCCUGGCCUUCGUCAUCGUCUUCCAGAACCUGGUGAUGUUCAUGAGCGACUUCGUGGACUGGGUCAUCCCCGACAUCCCCAAGGACAUCAGCCAGCAGGUGCACAAGGAGAAGGUGCUCAUGGUGGAGCUGUUCAUGCGGGAGGAGCAGGGCAAGCAGCAGCUGCUGGACACGUGGAUGGACAAGGGCCACGCCCAGGACACGCCCAGCAACAACCACGGCCCGGUGGCCCGCGCCCACAGCCUGGGCCCCGAGGACCCUGGGGGCGCCCUGUAGGGCCCCCACCGCUGACCGACGGGCCUCCCGGGGGCCAGGCCGUGGCUCCUGCCCCUGGCGGACCGGGAAGCCCGCCUGACCCUUCCUGCGCCCCCUCGUUUUUGCACACACCGCCCUGCCGGGGCUUCCUUUUCCUUGUCUGUAAGGGUACCGCUCGAGGUGAUGAGGGGUCGAGAGGGAGAGCAGCACCCCGACCCCCCUCCAGUGCCGAGGCCGGGGUGGAGGGACAGGGCAGUGGAGCUGGCCUCGGCCGACCCCCGGGCCAGGCGCCUGCACAGCCCGCCCGGCCCUGGGCAGUCAGGGUAUUUAUUGGGUGGUUGUUCAUUUUUUAAUCAUUCCUGGGUGGCUUGGAGGCUUGAGGGAUUUUUUUUUUCUCUGUACUCAAAGGUGGCAGGUCUUUAUUAGCUAUCCAAAUAUCAUUGAAAUUUAAAAUACUGUUACUACCAAAGAUUUUUAUUAAUAAAGGCUUCUAUUUUGGUAACACUUCUCUAUAUUUUUACUACAGGAAAGCUAGUGUUGAACAGUUAGCUUUUUCGCAGCUUGUAAGAGCAGGUUCCCUAGACGCCGCGCGGCCGCUGACGGGGACGGACGGGGCCAAGGGGCGAUGCCCCACCCCAGCCCGGGCUCCCGCGCUUGGCCUGCGGCCUGCUCCUCUUUUCUCUUGUACAGUAAGUGGUUUGAAACGGGGUUUUGUAUAUCUUGUAUUAAAAAUUAGGUGAUUAACAAAAAACAAAUCAUUUUAUGGAAACCUUUUUUUAAAAAGUGACUGUACCCAUAUCCAAAUAAACAU